UCAUCUCUGGUUAGAAUGUGGUUAACCUUGCACACUGGCAAAAUUAUUGCAGCUGCAGACGCAUGGCCUGUUGGAAUCUUCGGACUAGUCUCCAUUUUAUUAUUUACUCCAUAUUUUUCGAGGGUAAUAUUGCAACUGCAGCUCCAACCUCAAGAAUUUGUUAGAGGGCUUGCAAUAUUUUGCUGCAUGCCAACUACGUUAUCAAGUGGAGUGGCGCUUACUCAGCUAGCUGGGGCCAAUUCUGCUCUUGCUCUCGCAAUGACUGUCAUCUUUAAUCUGUUGGGAAUUUUGAUUGUCCCAUUUUCUGUAUCAUUUUCUGUAUCAAAAUUCAUAGCUGAUGGAGCUGGUUUAUCUGUUCCAACUAAGCAGCUGUUGAAAAGUCUUUUUCUCACAUUAUUGAUCCCCCUAAUCUUAGGGAAGAUUUUUCGAGAAUCUUUCGAAGACUUCGUCGAUCAGAACCGUAAAAAACUUUCCAAGAUCAGUGCAAUCCUCCUCAGUUUAUUUGGAAGAACAUAUGUUCUAAACUUUAUUAUGAUCGUUAUUCUGGUGCCAUGGAUGCAAGUUACCAGGUCAAGGUCAGUGCUGCUGAUGGUUAAUCCUGCAGUUUUUCUUGGGGCCGUUGGAAUGGGAGUACUACUGCAUCUCAUCUUGUUAGCCUUUAAUGCUGUUGCCGUUAAGAGCCUCUCAGCUCUGUCUGGUGGUAGUGAAUCCCUUUUUUUCCAAGAAGGAAAAUGCAAAUGCUGUUCUCCUUGUUGCAAGCCAGAAAACACUGCCUGUAAUGGUGGCUGUGGUGGACCAACUAGGGGGUGCACUUGGUGAAUCUGGUUUACUUGUUCUUCCUUGCGUUGCAGCACAUUUAAAUCAGGUAUUUCUUACAUCCAUUCAUCUGUGUCUUGUUUUCUUAUUUCUUACUGUCUAACUGACAAAAUUAUUGUUACGGAUUAUUCUGGACUCUAUUCUUGUAAAUUACUGGCUUCGCAAAGAUCUCCCAAUUAACCAACAAUGCCAAGGUAUCAUGAAUAUUGGGAAUGUGGCUCACGAUUGCGCAUUAGGGUUGCAAGUACAUAAUUAGCUUUUUUAGUUGUUAGAAUAGUUCAGUUUGAUAUGUUGUAUUCAUGUUUUGUUGCAUAUAUUGUAUCCAUAAAAAAGGAGAUCUUGUGUUUUGAAUGUCAAAAAGGAGAUCUUGUUGCAUAUUAUUGUAUCCAUCAAAGCCUUUGUGCUAUAUCCAAUCAGCAGUCAUCUAUGGGGAGUGUUGGGAAUAUAGUUUGGGAAAUGUUUGAAACAUUAACCCUUUUUUCCCUUAUAUUUCUCUCUUGAAAUUGAGAUUUGAACUGCCACUAAUUGACUCAAUUGAACUACUAGAUCAAAAUCGGUGUGCUUCUCCAAAGUAUGAGAAUGCUCGGCAUCUAGUACCUUUUUAACAAGAGAAAAGUUUACAAGAAUCAUCAAAUGAAGCAACCA